CUCGAGCUAUUAGCCAUUAGCCGUAUGCUAACAGCUCGAGUCUCUUGUUACUACGCCUCUUUUCCUGUCCGCCCCCGUCCGCUGCAUGUGUCUUAACAUGGCAUUUAAAUCCUUGUGUCGAGCGGACACUUUUAAAUUCCUAAUUGGGCCAUGCAGAACCACGUUAAACUUCGAUAAGCGUCCAUUGAGCAAGACAUGUAGCUGCUACUUUUCGACCUCCAGCCAAAGAAGUUCAAAAUUCUACUCCGAUCCUACAGAGGCAGUUAAGGACAUUCCAGAUGGGGCGACCGUACUGGUCGGAGGCUUUGGAUUAUGUGGCAUCCCAGAGAAUCUCAUCAACAGUUUACUGAAGACUGGCGUGAAAGGACUUACUGCAGUCAGCAACAAUGCAGGCGUGGAUAACUUUGGACUCGGCCUGCUUCUUCAGACCAAGCAGAUCAAAAGGAUGAUCUCCUCUUACGUUGGGGAGAAUGCAGAGUUUGAACGACAGUAUUUGUCUGGGGAGUUGGAGGUGGAACUGACGCCACAGGGCACCUUAGCGGAGAGAAUCCGAGCCGGUGGGGCAGGGAUUCCCGCCUUUUUCACCGCGACUGGCUACGGCACGCUGAUCCACCAGGGAGGCUCUCCGAUAAAGUACAACAAGGAUGGCAGUAUCGCCAUCGCUAGUGAAAAAAGACAGGUGCAGGAGUUUAACGGCAGACAUUACAUCAUGGAGAAGGCCAUCACCGGAGACUUUGCUCUGAUAAAGGCAUGGAAAGCUGAUCGGGCUGGAAACGUUGUGUUCAGGAAAACCGCGAGAAACUUCAACCAGCCCAUGUGCAAGGCGGCCAAAACCACAAUAGUUGAGGUAGAAGAGGUGGUAGAUGUCGGCACCUUUGCCGCAGAAGACAUUCACAUCCCCAGCAUUUACGUCCACAGGGUUGUCCAGGGAGGCAGUUACGAAAAAAGGAUUGAGAAACGCACAGUAAAGAAACCCCAAGAAGAGAAGCCCAAACCAAAGAAGGAUUCCGAUAUUGUCCGGGAAAGGAUCAUUCGUCGAGCAGCUUUAGAGUUUGAAGAUGGGAUGUACGCUAACCUCGGGAUCGGUAUCCCAAUGUUGGCCAGCAAUUUCAUUAAGCCAGACAUCACUGUGCACCUGCAAAGCGAAAAUGGAAUUUUAGGACUGGGUCCGUACCCCACUGACGCCGAAGUGGAUGCAGACCUGAUUAACGCAGGAAAGGAGACCGUCACAGUGCUUCCCGGAGCUGCCUAUUUCUCCAGCGAUGAGUCAUUUGCCAUGAUCCGAGGGGGCCACAUCAACCUGACAAUGCUCGGAGCCAUGCAAGUGUCAAAGUACGGAGACCUCGCCAACUGGAUGAUCCCAGGUAAGAUGGUGAAGGGAAUGGGUGGAGCCAUGGAUUUGGUGGCCAGCGCCGGAACAAAAGUGGUGGUCACCAUGGAGCACUCAGCAAAGGGAGGUAAACACAAGAUAUUGGACGAGUGCCUUCUGCCGCUGACAGGGAAGCAGUGUGUGGACAGGAUCAUCACAGAGAAGGCCGUCUUUGAUGUGGAUAAGGCUAAAGGGCUGACUCUCAUAGAAGUGUGGGAGGGAAUCACUCCAGAAGACAUCAAGGAGUGCACCGGUACCGACUUUGAGGUGUCCCCCAAACUGAGACCCAUGCAGCAAAUCUAGAAACGAAUCCCUCUCUCUUCUAAUAUCCUCAAUGAAGGCCAAAGUGAUGUUGAAGUGAUUCUCGGUAAGCUCGAGUUGAGCAAUCGGCAAGAGUUCUUAUCCAACGAGAAGCCUGCUGCUGUAAAUUUGCGAGUGGCUUCAAAAUUUAAUCCCCCCAACUGUGGCCGUCCCUCCAUCAUAGAAGCCGGUUGCAUCAUCCAUCAAAAGGCAAAUAAACACCUUCCUCCCAUAAGCUUCUCGGGAGAAAACCGAUCUCAGUUUCACACAUGAAUGUUGAAUACUUCACUUCUAGAACCUGUUUGAAUUCUGUUGCGAACCAAAACGGCAGCGCUGACGAUUGCAGUACAGAAACGUGUGAUCACUUCAAAACAGUGAGUGCGUCCAUGUUUAUGGUUGGAGGAGCUACAUGCCCUAUUGCGCCCAAUCUGCUUUAUUUCAUACCGUUUCUUUGCAUUUCUUACUGAUUAAGCUUUUUUAAUUUAAACUUCAGUUUUACUUGACAUCAGUAUAAUCGGUUGUUAACAUUGCGAAUCAACUCCCGCGGCCACCUUUUGCAGUACUACAAUAUUAUUUUUCCGUUCUCGUUAGUCAAAUACAACUCUUCUAGUGUUUAUGGUGCAAUAAAUGUAAUUCCCGGAGUCCUAGCUACUGUAGAAUCAACUUGUUACUGAAAAAAAAAGUUUUAAAGCAAUUUGUCAGGACCUCACACAGCAUACGAUGAAUGAAAUGUUCAUGUAAACUCAAACUUGAUCAUGUCGACGUAAAACAGCGUUUUGUUAUUUUUUUUUUACAAGACUACAAGACGAAACAUGAUGAUGCCUUUGUUUGUUUGUUUUCUUAUAUUCAUAAAUCUGCUCUUCCCUGCAAGCAAUAAAAGGCACUUUUGGUUGCUUUAUGAAACAAA